AUGCCAGCCAUCAACUUCCCCCGAUCGACCACAGUCCUGUCUCACAAAACCAUCGGCAAGCGAAGCUGGGCUGGUGAAGAGCCCGGUGUGAUUCUGGAUUUUGUCGUGGUCUUCAUCGUGCUCUGUCUGCAGGCGCGUUACUGUGUCGGGGCGGAGGUGAACCGCGUGUACUUGAGAUAA